UUGUCAGUUCCGCUAAUUCCUCGAUGUUCAUGAUUGCACACAUGUUCGUGGUUCUGUCUGGCGAUGCGUCCAGACGCGCAUUAGCAUCUUUCCGGUUUAGUUGAACGCGGUGAAGGAGGUGGAGCUCGACAUUUGGGAGAAAUUUCAGUGGCGUGGUUGGACGAGGUCGAGGUUCUAGCAAUUCUUUAGGCGAUGAAUGGAUGAGUAGCCAGGGCUGACUAGCUCCAGGCCAGAUGAUUUGGGUGAAGUAGGAAAGUCGCGAUGACGGUAAAAAAUGCGCAGCCGAGCACCUCCCGGCCUUCUUUGGUCAAAUUUCGCAUGCCCACGGCAGAGAAUUUGAUUCCUAUGCGAUUGGAUGUGGAGUACGAAGGCCGGAGGUUGAAGGACGCCUUCACAUGGAAUGUCGAUGAUCCAGAUAUUGAAAUCUAUCCUUUUGUUAGAAGAAUGGCCAAAGACUUGAAUCUUCCAUCUGGUUUUACACCCAUCAUAGCACAACAAAUGCAGACACAAUUAGAUGAAUUCCGUUCACUUGAAGCUCAAGAAAUGACGACUGAGGAGCGGGUUCAGACUUUGCGAUUGGACCUGAGAGUAAAUAACACAGUCGUCCACGAUCAGUUUCUUUGGGACGUCAACAACUUCGAUAGCGAUCCUGAAGGGUUUGCUAGAGGGUUAUGCAAAGAUUUGGAGCUAGAAGAUCCGGAGGUUGCUCCUGCCAUUGCGCUGUCGAUACGCGAGCAGCUGUAUGAGAUAGCGAAACAGAAUAUUGCGUCGGGAAGAGAAACUCGGAUCAGCAAGAAAGUGCGACGUGAGAGCGGAGUGGAUUUUACUCAACCAAGCGCUCUGGGUACGUUGGCAGUAAAUUUAAUGAGACGGCCAAACAGUAAGAUAAGCAUCGUCAGGAGGAAAAACGAGUGGGACAUGUUCGAGCCCAACGUUGAAAUUCUAAGCGACAGAGAAGUUGAGGCUAUUGAUGCCAGAGAAGAGCGGAAUGCCAGAAUUAAGAAGCGACAAGAGGAGAAAGAAGAUGCUUACAGUAGUCGUUACCUUCGAGUUUAGAAAGGUUUCCACUUUGGAGAUACUGUACAAAAUAGUUAGGUAGAGAAAGUUCAUGAAAAGGAGGAAUGAAUGAAUGCACUAAACGCAAGUAAAAAACUUGACAUCUACUACCCGGAUCGCUCUACCCUGGGUUAGAACAUAGAAUCCUCUCAAUAUCUUCCAGUACCAGCAACGGGACGCAAUAUGCCACUCGCAUCCUAGAUUCCUAAUCACCUCGUAGAAGGAAGAGUUUCAGUAGACCGGUGACGAGAGGCUUGAAAUUUUCGAAUGGCGUCCCUGCUUAAUCGCCUCGGAAGGCACACAUGCCAAUUUUGAGAAUGUAUAAAGGAGGUCCACUUCUCACACCUAUCCCACCACCCACGGCUUUUGCUCAGGAAGUUGCCUCUGUCUACUUUGAAGCAGGUCCUUUCUUUCUUGUAGUGUCAAUAUGCUGAGCCAAACAGGGCUUUGUGGAUUUUCAUUACAACCGUCAUCUGCAAUCGUUGGAUUCUCUCU